GUGACGAGACCCACGACUACAAGGUGCAUAUCUGGAAUUUGACCCGCGGUCAAAAAUUCUACGAGAUUCUCUCCGCGCAAGCUCCACCAAUGUCACAGGACCAAGCUGCAUACAUAGCCAAGGCUGAUUUAUUUCGUCGACACAAGAACGACCACAUUCUGAAGCUGAACGAAGCACUCGAGAACCAGGUCCAGGAGGCGAUUACCCUACGUAAUUGUAUGAUGGAUCAGUGGAAAUCACAACCCACACCAGGUAACGCCCGAAAAUUGGAUAUCGCCAACACCAACUUGCAGCAUUUCAGAAUCUGCAAUACACCCUGCCAAGAACCGCGUGAACUCCUCACCCCACGCCGGUAUUUGAGGGAGCUUAUGGAUAACCAACUAUACUACGCACACCUGGAACCCGAUGCGCAAUUUAAGUUGUGGAAAAAGGCAUACGACAACGACAAGAACAUCACCACCAAUAUGAUGUGGGUUGCAAAAGAUGCCAUCGAUAUCCCGGCCACCAUGAACUCUGCGGGUGAAGUGCUCAGGGUGUACUUCGCCACAUAUGCGUAUCUUGUCUCAAUGGCCUACAACAACAAAAAAGACGAGAUUCUUUUAACCAAUGUUAUGAGAGAGAAAGGUUACCCAGCGCACAUUGUCAAACUUCAGACGCGUCAAAAGUUCUGCGACAUUGUGUAUCCAGGCCUCGCAAAUUGCAAUGCCAAGUACUGUGGGGGAACAGAAGGGCUUGACCUACUCCGGGUUCCUGUGAGUCCUGUGAUUCCUGUCUCAGCGUCUUUGCGGCCCCCGGCCAAGGAGGUUCUCCGGCAAGGAGGGAUCAGCUUGCCCGACUGGAACAUCAAUUGA